AUGAUACAAUUGUUCAAAUUGCGUAGAAUCUGCGUGGUUCGCUUCAAAGGCUACGCCACAUGGUCUCAAAAAAAGGCAAUGAAAGAAAAAAAGAAAAAAGCUGAAACUGGAGGAAGUAGUGUCUCUAUCGGUGAAUUAAAUCCGUGGCCUGAAUAUAUACAAAGGCGAUUGGAUUUGUGGGAUAAAUUCAAAGCUGAUUAUGAAAAAGAGCUAGCAGCUAAACCUGACUUAAGUAUUGUAGUGACAUUACCUGAUGGCAAAACUGUUGAAGCUAAGGCAUGGAAGACUACACCUUAUGAUGUUGCUAAGGGUAUUAGUCAAGGCCUAGCUGACUCCAUCAUCGUAGCUCGAGUCAACAAUGUACCAUGGGAUCUUGAUAGACCUUUAGAAGGUGAUUGCAAAUUGGAACUGCUCAAAUGGGACAAUACAGAAGCUCAAUCAGUUUUCUGGCAUUCAUCAGCUCACAUGCUGGGCGAAGCUAUGGAACGUAUCUAUGGUGGUCACCUCUGCUACGGGCCACCUAUUGAAGAAGGAUUCUACUAUGAUAUGUAUCAUCCAGGGAAAGGAAUAUCAUCAUCAGAUUUUCAAGUAGUAGAAGGUUUGGUUAAGAAGAUAGCUAAAGAAAAGCAACCGUUUGAGCGCUUAGAACUGACUAAGGAACAGUUAUUUGAAAUGUUUGGCUACAAUCAAUUUAAAGUGCGCAUUUUGAACGAGAAAGUGAAUACACCAACAACUACUGUAUACAAAUGCGGCCCUCUCAUAGAUUUGUGUAGAGGCCCUCAUAUAAGGCAUACUGGGAAAGUCAAAGCGAUGAAAGUCACUAAGAACUCGUCCACUUAUUGGGAAGGUAAAGCAGAGGCAGAAACUCUGCAACGGAUAUAUGGAGUGUCGUUCCCUGAACCAAAACAAUUGAAGGAAUGGGAACUGAUACAAGAGGAAGCUGCUAAGAGGGAUCAUAGAAAGAUUGGAAAGGAACAAGAGCUAUUCUUCUUCCACGAGCUAUCUCCGGGCUCGUGCUUCUUCCAGCCGCGCGGCGCUCACAUUUACAAUACAUUGGUUAACUUCAUUAGAGAAGAGUACAGAAAGCGUGGUUUCCAAGAAGUGGUGACACCGAACAUGUUCAACUCAAAGUUAUGGCAAACAUCAGGUCAUUGGGCGCAUUACGCUGAGAACAUGUUCUCAUUCGAGAUAGAAAAAGAGACAUUCGCUUUGAAGCCCAUGAAUUGUCCAGGACAUUGCGUGAUGUUCGACGUGCGCGCGCGGUCGUGGCGCGAGCUGCCGCUGCGGCUGGCGGACUUCGGCGUGCUGCACCGCAACGAGCUGAGCGGCGCGCUCACCGGCCUCACGCGCGUGCGCCGCUUCCAGCAGGACGACGCGCACGUGUUCUGCGCGCCACACGACAUCGAGGCCGAGAUGUUCGGAUGCUUAGAUUUCCUCGACUGUGUGUACUCCAAGUUCGGAUUUACCUACCAGUUAAAGCUGUCCACGCGUCCUGAGAAAUACCUCGGUGAUAUAGCCACUUGGGAUUACGCAGAGAAGGCGUUAGAAGCAUCGCUGAACAGAUUCGGCCGUCCGUGGCAACUGAACCCUGGAGAUGGUGCCUUCUAUGGGCCCAAGAUAGAUAUAGCGGUGCAGGACGCGUUGCGACGCUCGCACCAGGCAGCCACCAUCCAGCUGGACUUCCAGCUGCCGGAGAGGUUCAAUCUGGGAUAUGUCAGUGAAUCUGGAGAGAAGAAACGUCCAGUGAUCAUCCAUCGUGCUAUAUUGGGGUCUGUGGAACGUAUGAUGGCGAUCCUAACGGAAUCGUACGCGGGCAAGUGGCCCUUCUGGCUCAGUCCUCGCCAGGCGUGCGUCGUGCCGGUGGGGCCUGCCUUCGAUGAAUACGCGAGUCAGGUGAAUGAGAAACUGUUCGCGAGCGGCUUCAUGUCGGAGGUGGACACGGACGCGGGCGAUACUCUCAACAAGAAAGUUAGAAACGCUCAGUUGGCGCAGUUCAACUACAUAUUAGUCGUCGGUGAGCGUGAAAAGAACUCGAACACAGUGAACGUGCGUACCAGAGACAAUAAAGUACACGGAGAGAUGUCCAUAGAGGCGCUCAUAGAACACUUCAACACGCUAGUAAAGGACAAGACAAUAUCUGACGACUGCCAACUGUUUAAA